AUUCAAUCAAGAUAAACUAAACCCGACUUGAAACCCAAACCCGAAUCCAAGCCCGAGCUCGAACAAGUUGUGCAGGUCGCCACGUAUGUGCGACGCUACCCCCUAAAGUGUCUAUCUCCCGUCAUCUGUAUGUUCUGGAACGUGCAGCAACAGCAUCAGCAGAAAUGGCGAGCGCCUUGGUUCGCUCUUUGGCUUCGUCCAUGUCGUUUGUUGGAUUUCCUCAUCAUUCUACCAAUCAUACUUUAUCUAUUCCUCUUAUUAGAUUCAAUCCUGCCUUCAAUUUCAAGUUUACUCACCAACUCCAUGCCCGUACAAAUUCUCAGCGAUUCUUAUUUCAUGUAAGGUCAGUAGCUGCCACCGCUGAAUCCUCUGCUGGGUUCGAUGAAAUGGCCUCAGGGACUAUGAGGAAGUACUAUAUGCUUGGAGGGAAGGGAGGUGUUGGGAAAACAAGCUGUGCAGCGUCCCUGGCUGUGAAGUUUGCAAACAGUGGGCAUCCCACUCUUGUGGUUUCAACUGAUCCAGCUCAUUCGCUGAGUGAUUCUUUUGCACAGGAUCUGACAGGAGGAAUGUUGGUGCCUGUUGAAGGGCCUGAGUCGCCACUGUUUGCUCUCGAGAUAAACCCAGAAAAGUCAAGGGAAGAAUUCCGUAGUGCUAGUCAGAAAAAUGGAGGAACUGGGGUGAAGGACUUUAUGGAUAGCAUGGGUCUCGGCAUGCUGGCAGAACAGCUAGGAGAGUUGAAACUUGGUGAACUUUUGGACACACCACCACCUGGCUUAGAUGAAGCUAUUGCAAUUUCUAAGGUGAUGCAAUUCCUAGAGUCACAAGAAUAUAGUAUGUUCACUCGAAUUGUUUUUGACACUGCUCCAACGGGUCACACAUUGCGACUUUUAUCGUUGCCGGACUUUUUAGAUGCAUCUAUUGGUAAAAUACUAAAGCUUAGGCAGAAAAUUUCAUCUGCUACUUCAGCCCUUAAAUCAGUUUUUGGGCAAGAACAGCCACCACAACAGGAUGCUGCUGGAAAAUUGGAGAAGUUACGGGAAAGAAUGAUUCAAGUACGAGAACUAUUUCGAGAUACUGAUUCAACAGAGUUUGUCAUAGUUACAAUUCCAACGGUCAUGGCAAUUAAUGAAUCUGCAAGACUUGCGGCCUCCUUGAAGAAGGAAAACGUUCCUGUCAAGAGGCUUAUCGUGAAUCAGAUUCUGCCGCCUUCUGCAUCGGAUUGCAAAUUCUGUGCAAUGAAAAGGAAGGAUCAAAUGCGCGCACUUGAUGUGAUACAAAACGAUGCUGAGUUAGCAACCUUGAACUUAAUCCAAGCACCACUUGUCGAUGUGGAGAUCAGGGGUGUUCCCGCUCUAAAAUUCUUGGGUGAUAUCGUCUGGAAGUAAAAUUGUUCACUGAAAAUAGCCAUCGCAGGGUACGAUACUAAUACAUUAAGCUUCACAUUCACCUGAGACCGCUUCUCGGACAAUUGCACCACAUUAUAUCCAAGGGUACAAGACAAGAGUGGUUGAACCAUUAAAUUUUGUCGCUUGCUAUCUAUUUGCAAAUGCUUCUAUUAUAAAAGUUAAAAUGCUAACUAGAAGAAAUUAUAUCUAUAGAAAAUUCCAAUAUUUUGUAACUUUGGAACAUUUAUAAUGUAAUUGAUGAUGUAAUUUCUUUGUUAUUAAAAAAGCAAAGAUAUUUCAAUUGAGAAACUCUUGCCAUGUUUGUUUUC